AGUCAGUCUUAGUGGAAUUACAGGCUGGCUGGCUGUGCGCAGACAGCGCGCAUCAUGUAGCUGGAGGCAGAGAGCUGAGGAAGCUGCUACCGACCGGCCGUCCGUCUCUCGAACCACCGAGCUUGAUGUAAUGAUGCCAACCUUUUCGGUCAUGUAUAAGGGAGCUGUUAUCAUUAGCAGGACUCUAAUGGGUCCAUAUGGAGUUGACAGAGCUGUUCAUUCCAUGGAGUUUACAGACUGUGAAAAUGGCCUAGGAAUUAAAGUGAUUGGUGGAGUGAAAGAGCUAACUGGAGAGGAGUUCGGAGUCUACGUCAAACGGAUUUUACCUGGUGGCCUUGCUGCAGCUGAUGGAAAUCUGUUGCCAGGGGACCAGAUCCUGGAAGUAAACGGGGACACUCUAGUCGGAGUCACAAGUGAAAGAGCUGUGGAUAUCUUAAGAGCAGCCUCUGCAACAAAUCACAUGCGCCUUCUUAUAGCCAGAGAUGAAGAAGCAAAGAGAGAAUUUGCUGAGCUGCUGGAGAAAUAUGGCUCCAAUGGUAGCACAGGAUCAACCCGCAACUCUCCCAUCCAGCAAGGAGGUCGCGUCUUGGACAGUACGUCAUCUGGUUCCUCAUCACGAUCUCAGAGUCCAUUGUUGCUGAGCCCUGCAAACUCCCAGAACAUUUACAAUGGUGGGCCCAUGAUGCGCUCCCUCAGUCAUCCAGGUGAAGGAGUGAUUCAACUCAUUUCUGUAGCACGACUCAGUAGUUUAGGGAUCAUCAUCGGGGGAGGCUCCAACAGGCCUGAUGGCCCUGCUGUGUUCAUCCAGGAGGUGCUGUCUGGAGGUGAUUGUCACAGGGAUGGUCGCCUGAGACCGGGAGAUCAGCUCAUUGCCAUCAACAAGGAGUCUUUGAUUGGUGUAACCCAUGAGGAGGCGAAAGGCAUGCUAAACAAAGUUAAAUACAGCCAAGACAAUACUGUGGAAAUAGCCUUCAUCCCAGGAAAAGGUAUUUUUCCAAGCAGUACAUCGCUCCAUAAUGGAGUUCAGCGAGCCGCAGGCAACAGCUACAACUCUGGACGCCUAAAGGUUCACAUUAGAUCACCUGAGAUCUGUUCAGAGGAGCCAGCUCCAGUCUCUUCACCCUCUCCAGACAUCUGUCCUCCAGAUAUUCAUAUUUCAGGUUCUACCAGCCAAAGGUCUCCAACAGAGACAAAACCAAGAAUAACACUUGACCCAUACAUACGGCUCAAAUCAGACAAGUUAGAUUUGGCUUUGUCCUUUCUUGGAUUGGAUGUCAGUGAAGAGAAGAGGAAGAAGCUGAGGCAUAGCCUGACCCCUGAUCCACAAGGCACUGUGGCGUAUGGAGACUUUGUCGAAGCUUCACAGAACCUCUUCCAGGAGGACCUAGAGGAGUUGGGUUUAGGAUCAGGUCCCUUCACCUUCUCCUAUCAUGAAGCAUCCAGUUUGAUGGACACAUCAGCAUUUCAUUCACUUACUUACGAAUCAGAGUGCAGCUACAGCAGUGAGGAGAUGGAGCAGUUUCAGACUGAGGUGAAGCAGCUGCAGACCCAGAUGAAGCAGCUCAAGGUGAUUCUGAAAGACAUGGAACAGAGCAAAAAAAGCCUGGAGGAGGAGCUGCAUAAGACAUCAGAGAAAGCCUGUUUGACUGUAGAGGAGAACUCCCGUCUGAAGAGUCGCUUGCAAGCAGCUGAGGCUGAGGCAGUGCAGCGUCAGGCCAACAGCGCUGAGCAGGACUAUGAGGAAGUUAUCCAGCUUCUAGAAGCUGAGAUCAGAGACCUGAAGAACCAGCUGGCUGCCAAGAGGCAAGCCUGUGGACCAGAGGCUAAAGAGGAAGUGGUGGAGCUCAGUAGGAAGCUGACCACUGUUGACUCCCAACUGAGGAAGUCAGAGCUAAGCAGGAAACACCUGGAGAUCUCCAACAAGAAGCUGCUGGGCUUCGCUCAGAACGUGCACAAGGUGCUAACUACACCCUGUCUUUUUGGGGAGGAGGGCUGGAGCAACAGGUCAUCUCCAGGCACAGACAGCCCCAACACCCCAUCACCUAUUCCUGAUCCCGCUUUCCAACUGGCUGUGGAGGCCAAAGAGCUGGUUGAGGGAGUGUGUUCUGUCACUGCUAAUAAAGCGUCAGAUGCCAUAUCAGAUGUCAAUUCUCAAGUAUGAGCUACAGAGAUCUGAAGGACUGCCCCAUCACCAAAGAGGCCCACUGAGCCCAAACCAGUGACGUUCUUCAGCAGUCAACAGGAUGCGGGAUCACUUCAGCAAACAAUACAGCUUCAGCCAGUCCAGACCCCCCAUUACACAGUGACAAAAGGCAUCUCUGAGCAGACCCCUGCUUGCACACUGCAGCCGAAGUUUUUCCCGGCAUCUCAGCAGCAAACAAUAUUGUUCCUUAUGCAGCAAGUGAUGUUGAUGGCACUGCAUGACCGAGUACACAACACACGUGCUGCUGUAAACCUUGUUAAUACUGAUGUCUUUUGUAAAGCUACAUGCUCACAGGCAGAUUGACUCUAUGUACUGCAUGUGAAGGAGAGCUUUGUAUUUGCUUAGAUGGGACAAUCCAGAGCUAAACCGUCCUCUGUCUCAUCAUCAUCAUCUCCCUGCCAUAUGCUUUAUCUUUCUCCCUGGUUUGUUUGCUAUGCCACAAACAUUACUGAUGAGAAACGUUUAGAAAUAUUAUGUUACCUCUUCUGCCCUUUCUCAUUAGUCAAGGUAGUAGGUAAGGGCGUCAGAGAUCGUGGACCUGAGUGAGGAGUGUCAUCUGCAGCUUCACAUCACUGCAGUGGUUCAUGUUCAUGUUGAUGGAGAGGCUUUACUGCCAACGUAGCGCCAGAUGUGUUACAUAUCGUCAGUGUGAACAGAAACCAGUUAUAGGCGACAUGUGAAACAUUGUUUUAUUUCUGCCAACAGCUGCAAACCCAUUUAUGGAGUGUUAUUGAACUGAACUGCAUCUUUAGUGUGGCCUCAUAAUCUUUAUUAUGUUUCAUAUUAAAGGGAUAAUUGAUGAAUGGA